AUGGUAUAUCGUGGCAGGCCUUCUAAGUCAUGCCGCGAAUGCCGCAAACGUGAUAUCAAAUGCGAUAAAAAGGAAGAUGGCUGCUCCCAAUGUGUCCGCGCUGGUCUGAAGUGCUCGGGAUACCAAAAGUUAACAGAUAUAGUCAUACUUAAUGAGACCUCUGCUACGGCAGAAAAAGUACUGAAGAAGCACUCUUUAGGAGGUCCAGCUUCUGCAGGGCCUCUAUCAACAAAUCUUCUUCCGACUGUUUUACAACGUGCGAAGCACCUAUAUGUCUCGCAAUACGUUCAAGACACACCUGCAACGGGUAUGUACUCGUAUAUGCAGGUCUUCUACCCGUCCAAAUCAGACGACUAUCCUCUUCUCGAGACCAUGAUUCAUGCGCUUUUCAUGGCCACGUUCUCAUCUCUUCAGGGAUGGCCCCCAGCUCUCUAUCAUGCUCGAAACAACUAUGGAUUAGCUUUGUCAUUGACUCGAAAGGCGAUCCGGUCACCAAAAGAGGCUUUGUUGGAUAGAACCUUAUUCUCGGUGCUGCUCAUGAGCAUAUUUGAACGGCUCGCCAACGUAGAACAAGGAGCGCUAUGUAUACGCAACGGACAUUUGAUAGGUGCAGUUGAGCUUAUGGCCUUGAGGGGUAAUGGUCAAUUUACAGACGAAGGGGGUGUUGCGAUGUUUUUGCAUCUAACAGAGCUUGUUGUUCUUGAUUGCCUUGCCAAUGAAGUUGAUAUCCCUUCCCGGUUUUUGGCAUUGCGACAACAAGCUCUUGAAGCCGGUGCGGACACAUCGUCACUAAGGUGGAGAUUCUUGGAAGUUAUGAUGUGGUAUGCACAGCUGGAGUACACCGCGAAAUCUUCCACUUCCGCAGAAGAUGUAAUUUAUCAAGCCAAAGCACUUGACGCAGAACUUGAUCGACUGUCCAAGCACCUGCCUUCUUUCUUCUCGAGAAAACAGAGUCCUGAACCCCCAAGCAUCCCGCCAACCAAGCCGGACAUAUAUCCUGAUUACAAUACACAAAGAUGCUGGAACAACAUCCGUAUACUUCGCAUUCAGCUAAUGAAGCUUAUACGUGAUCGAUGUGCUCAGGCCUUGGGAGAUUCCGCCGAUGACACCUGGAUCAUGGCUGAAGUUCAUGACUCUAACCGCCGAGCAAAUUUGCUUGCUACAGACAUGUGCCUUUCCAUACCUGGUUCUUCCAAAGCCAGCUCAAUCGAGGCUAUCCAUUCAGGAGCGAUUACAAUUCUUGAAAGUGAAGCAAUCUCCCUCACAGCAGAGAACAUUGGAUCGUUUGCUUCAUAA